AUGAGUUCAACACUUAGAUCUGAUUAGAUUAUUUAUUUUGGAACCUCAAAUACUCCAUAAAUUCCUUGUCGAUUUCAUGAGGACUAUACUAUUCAAAAUUUUUGCAAGAAACAAGAUUGCAGUUUACCAAUGUGUCCUGAAUGUAUAAAGAUUCAUUCGGAAGAACAUGAACAAGAAAGAGUAACAAGUGAUAUUGAUUUAUUCUCUAAUUGCUUGACUGAAUAAUAUAAUAAGUCAUUGGAAUAUCUUAAUCUUUGGGCAAUAGAUGUUUAAGAAUCCAGUAAUUUUUAAGAAGAGGUAUUAAAGGCACAGGAGUUUUAGCUCUCAAGGUUUUAGGAGGCUAAGAAACAAUUUUAUAAGGUUAUAGACGACUAUUUUAGAAUUCUUGAAUCUACGAUUACAGCUGAAACCCAAAAAUCAAAUCAAGAUUUAAUUAAGUUGGUUAGAUCCAGACACAGAAUAGAAUAUUUGGAAUGGAAAACUUUGCAUGAAAAUUUACAAAAACUCAAUUCAGACAAGUGCUUACCUCCAUUAAUUCAGAUAUAUUCAGAUCCAAGAUAAACACCCUAAGCAAUUUAUUAAAGAAAUCAUUAGGAACAUGUUGAAUAAUUGAAUAAACUAAAAUUAAACAUUAGAUAAGUGGUUGUUAAUGAUAAUCUAAACUAAAUCCUUACCUUAUUAAAAUAAUACAUUUACAUAACAGCUCCAGUGUAGGAUUCUUAAAUUUAAUAAAUAUAAUUAACUAAUACUGUUUAACCAAUUUUAUAAACCUAGUAAAUAGUGUAAGCUUAACCAAUGGUGCAAACUUAAGCAAUUGUUUAAACUCAACCUGUUGUGAAUUAAGCAAUUAAUCAAAAUAAAUAUCAAUCAAGGGUUAUACAACCUUUUAGUGCCAUCAGAGAGUACACGCCUCUAUAGCCUGUUUUGUAUUAACAACCACCACUGGUCCCUAUUGAACCUUUGCAAAUAUAUCCUUAGCAGUUUUAUCAUCCACACCCUGUUUUAUAAGAACCUAUGGUAAGACCAGGUCUGCCAGGUUAAUAAUCAACCCCUCCACAGAUCAUAAGAUCUCCUGUAAAAAAUUUAUAACCAGUUCCUGAAGCAGUGCCUUUAAAUGGAUAACUAAGAGAGACGAUGGCACAAAGAUAUUAUGAUUAAAUGUUAAAAAAUGAAAUAAAGUGA